AUUUUCAGAUAAGUCCAGUUUCAGCAGAAAUCUGUUCAUCAUGGAAGUUUCCUGGAAGCUGGUGAAAGGAGGAAUCAGGCAGCAGCUGAUGCAUCAAGGAGACCAGAAGCUGUUUCAAGUCGUCCUGCUCCUCCUCUUGGCUCCAGCGUUGAUCAUCUGCCAUGUCGCCCAAUAUCCGACUGACUGUAGCCAGAUCAAUGAAAUCGGAGAUCACCACCAGAGCGGCCCCUACUCAAUCUACCUUGCAGGAGAGAACCUCAGAGUCAAAGUGUACUGUCAGAUGAGUCCAGACCAACCAGCCUGGACAGUGAUUCAGACCAGGAUGGAUGGAACCGUUAACUUCUACAGGCCCUGGAUUCAGUACAAGGUCGGCUUUGGUUCGGUGACAGGAGAACACUGGCUCGGUCUGGACAACCUACAUUAUCUGACCUCAGGACCCACGAAAUUUGAGUUACAGGUGGACAUUGAGGACUUUGAGGGACAUAAAGCGUCCGCGCAUUACGGGUUGUUCUCCGUCGACUCUGAGUGUAACGGAUACACUUUGACUGUGUCUGGAUUCACAGAUAAAGGAGCAGGAGACUCCAUGAUGACCCACAAUGGCAUGAAAUUCUCCACCUUUGACAGAGACCAGGACCGGCUUUCUGAGAACUGUGCCUCAAAACACAUGGGAGGUUUCUGGUACAACUAUUGUCACCAUGCAAACCCUAAUGGGAUUUAUCGCUGGGGGCAGGAAAAAACUCCCUGGGCUGUUGGAGUUAUUUGGUACACUUGGAAAAACACCAAUGACUACUCUCUGAAGUCCAUCGUCAUGAAGAUCCGUCCUGUGCAGCCUUAGUAACUUUCCAGAAGCAGCAGCAGACCACAUGUUGAUCAGUCUUAACAUUUGUCGCCUUCAUCAGUCAAAGUCAAAUGAAAUCUCACGUUGGAACCCUGAUGUCAAUCAUCGACUGCUGCAUGUCCAAAAUAAAGUAAUGCAAAAAAUGUGACCUGA